AUGGAUUACUUUUCACCCCGACCUGGAAGUCCCACCCCCAGCGUGAACGCAACAGGUAUCACGACCGGGACAGACAGACUUCUAACUCCCAUUGCUCUGCAGUCGCCUAUUGAGAGUUCAGUCACGACCCAGGAGCAGAGACCUGGCUGGGUUAGGGCCGUCACAAGCGAAACGCUCCACCGCGCAAACGAAGAGUUCUUUGCUGAUGUCGACGACUUUCCGGGAGAGGUCAACACAAUCGCCUUCGCAUUCGACAUCGAUGGAGUGCUAGUCAAAGGUAGAGAGCCACUUCCGGGCGCGCGCGAGUCUAUCAAGAUGUUGCAAGAGAACAACAUUCCGUUCAUAUUCUUGACCAACGGCGGUGGAUACACCGAGAAAGACCAUGUCGCCAAGCUCGCCCAGCGACUAAACGUAACAUUGGACGAAAACCAGUUCGUACAGAGCCACACUCCCUUCCGCGACUUGGUUCCCGAUUACAAGGAUAAGUGGAUUCUCGCCCUGGGCGGGCACGGUAAUUCAAUCCGCGAACUGGCACGCGCUUAUGGUUUCAACAAGGUCGUGACUUCGUCAGACCUGAUGGCUGAAUGGGAGCACAUCCAUCCGUUCCCGGAACUGACGCAGGCACAUCACGCCGAGCACGGUCGCCGUAUGGAGCACCAUCAGAGUGUUGAGAUCGCCGCCAUCCUCGUUUGGUCAACCCCCCGAGACUGGUGCCUUGACCUCCAGGUCAUCAGCGACCUCUUGCUCUCGAGCGGUGGGAAGUUGGGCAAGAAGUCGGUCCGCAACGACACCAUCCACCUUCCGAACAACGGAUACCUCCAGGAUGGACAGCCAAAGUUGUAUUUUUGCAACCAGGACUUCGAGUGGGCCACUCAACACGAGCAUCCUCGCUUUGCCCAGGGUGCGUUCCGAGAGGCCCUCAAGGGGAUCUGGCAAUAUGCGACCAACGGCAAGGCGAAGUUGGAGUACAUAGUCAUCGGCAAGCCUACCGAGGCUGCAUAUGAAUAUGGCGAGAAGACUCUCUACGCGUACAACAAUAGCCUCAGCGAGAAGUCUGGAAUGGCUCGCAGGAUCAAGACGGUGUAUAUGAUUGGCGACAACCCGGAGAGUGAUGUUCGAGGCGCGAACACCUUCAAAUCGCGCAUAGGGGCUGAAUGGAAGAGCAUCCUUGUGGAGAGUGGGGUUUAUGAGCCGGGCACCAAGCCAACGUACGAACCGACGUUCAUAGCGAAAGAUGUCAGGGAUGCUGUCACCCAGGUCCUGGUUCGAGAGGUCGUGGAACUGCAGACCAAUCUGAUGGAGGGCCGUCUGGCGCUCUUGGGGCUCGAUAACAAAGAAGUUGAGGUAUUCACCUCCUCAGAGGAUGAAAGUGCAAUAUAG